GUCGACGGAAACAUCUCCUUCUACUGAAAGCGCAUCGCCGAAAAUCCUGAAAUAAAUUCAGGAAUAAUGCAAGCACCAGGAUUUGAAUCUGGGUUGGGAUACCACUAUCCACCUAACGUGUCGAUCUGAUUUUAACAGGUGCAGCUUCAGUCUGGCGAGUCCUCCUCCCCGUCCCUCUCCGAGCACUGCGGCCAUGGCCGCCGCCGCCGAGGUCGGGCCGAUGAUGGCGACGGUUGCCCUGGAGUGCGGCGGCGACAUCUCGGCGUCCCAGGAGGACACCCUCGCCAACUCCUCCUUCCUCGGCGCCGGCAACGCCCCCUCCGCCUCGCAGGCGCGGGGGGCCGAGGACGACGACGAGGAGGUCUUCGCCACCCCUCCCGAGCUCCCCCAACAAGACCCCAUCACCAUGUGCAGCCUCCCCUUCACCCCCAGUCCCGCUCAGCCCCAGUCGCCCUCGCCACCUCCCUCCGACGACGACGACGCCGCCAAACCUCGCCGGAAGCCUAGGGUUUGCACCAGGAAGGUCAGGGGCGCCAAGUUCAGCACCCCAGCCCCGACCCCGAGCCCCAAGCAGCAGCAGCAGCCAGAGCAACCGCCCCGUGCCGUCGUCGAUCCUCUCUACAGGGCGAUGCUCAUGAUCCCCACCGCCACCGCCGCCGCCGCCACCACCAGCAAGCACGAUCCCUUGGAGGACUUCCUCGCGCUCGCCCGCCAGCGCGGCAUCUUCUAGCCACCCACCCAUAUCCAUGGCCGCCAGUGCAGUGCAGGGCAGGGGUGCAUCCUCCUCCACUUGGACCUGCAAGCAAUGUUGCCGAACCUGAUUGGCACCGUCUCUCAUUCAGUGAUGUUAUCAAAUGAACAAAGCCUGGUAGCGCCUUUUCCAUGAUUGAUAGGUAGAUAACCGUGAGAAUUUUGCCGAUGGUAGUAGUUAUCAGUUAGGGAAUUUCAGUCAUGCUGUCAGUGUUUCUUAUGCUUCGCCGUUCUGGGUGUUCAGUGCUGUGGCCAAGCACCAGGAUUCAGUCAUGAGUCAUGACUACGAAGAUAUAUGUAGUUAGAUAGGUUACAGCAAUGCAACACUUCCUAUGUCUCCUUCCUUCACCAUUUUGCCACUCCAGUGCUUGUGAUGUGUGCUGGUUCUCUACUCGCAACUCUGCACCUAGAAAUAUGAGCCUGUUUCAGUUUUCUAUGAA